AUGACAAAGGGCGCGGAUGAGCCCUUCCAUGCGUUAAACGCUGUUGCUGACCCGACCUGCUAUUCUCAAGCGGUGGGACAUGCUCAUUGGCGUGAAGCUAUGGACCAGGAGUUUAAUGCCCUUUUGCACAAUAACACUUGGCGUUUGGUACCGUCACAACCUCACAUGAAUAUCAUCGGGUGCAAAUGGGUGUUUCGCACUAAGCGCUCAACCACCGGGUCCAUUGAGCAUUAUAAAGCUCGUCUCGUGGCCAAAGGGUUCAACCAAGUGGUGGGUGAGGAUUUCUUCGACACUUACAGUCCUGUAGUCAAGCCGACUACAGUCCGCAUGUUGUUUUCGUUAGCUGUGUCUAACCGGUGGACUCUACGCCAGCUAGAUGUUCAUAAUGCGUUCCUGAAUAGGCAUUUAGAAGCGACUAUAUAUAUGAAACAACCUCCGGGGUAUGAAGAUCCGACUAUGCCAGGACAUGUGUGA